AUGCAGCAAUUGUUCAAUAUCAAUAGUUGGCUACUUCUACUGUAUAUUUACCUGGCCGUUGUUUUAAUCAGCUUUAUCUAUGGCGUUGCAACGAAAAAUGUCAGCCAAGUGGAUCGUCUCUGGUCUAUUCUUCCUAUCUUCAUGGCAUGGAUCUAUGCUUAUAUUUCUGAAUGGGCAGACAUCGUCAUUGUGAUGGCUUGUUGUAUAACCUUCUGGGGAGUUCGUCUCACUUGGAAUUUCUUUAUUAAGGGAGGCUACAGAAUGGAGAGGGGAAUCUUUGUGGAAGAAGACUGGCGUUGGGGCUAUUUGCGGACUUUCAUCACAAACCCCAUUCUCUGGCAAUUGUUCCACUUUGGAUUCAUUUGUUCUAUCCAACUAGCACUGAUAAUCGGAUUUACCAUUCCUGUGUUGCUAGUUGCACUUUCGGAUCGUUCUUCUGGGCUGUAUCUAAGCGAUUUUUUCUUUUGUUUCCUCUUCCUAUUCUUUUUUGGUAUGGAAACCAUCGUGGAUAUCAACAUGUUCCGCUUUCAAACCGAGAAGCACAGUCUGAGUUCUGAGGAGCAGAAGAUGAGUCGCAAUAUCUGUAUCAGAGCAGGUUUUGAUUUUUCUGGCCUGCGUAAGUAUUCGCGACAUCCCAACUAUUUUGCGGAGGUAAUGCAAUGGGUUGUCAUCUACAUGUGGGGUUCCUACCGAAUUGGAAACUGGCUGAACUGGGGGUUGCUGUUUGCGAUCGCGCUGUUCGUUGUCGUGUAUUGCUCGACAUUCGUUUCCGAGCCAGUGGCAUCCAAGAAAUAUCCUCUUUUUGCGGAAUAUCAGAAGACGACGUGGCGUUUUAUUCCCUUUUUCCCGGUGCAUUUCGGUGCAUUUGAGGAGAAGGCGAAGAGUGGGAAGUAA